CGUUCCUUCGUCAGAAUGCCAGAUCGUGUUUCGGUCGCGAACGGGACGUGUGUGUCCGUCAUGGCCGGCAACAUCGUGGCCGAGUGGCUGCGAUCCCUCCACCUGGGCCAGUACUCCGAGAGUUUCAUCGACAACGGCUACGACGACCUGGAGAUCUGCAAGCAGGUGGGCGACCCCGACCUCGACGCCAUCGGCGUCUUCAACCCGGUGCACCGCAGCCGCCUGCUGCAGUCGGUGCGGACGCUGCGCGAGGAGGGCGCCGCCUCCGUCUACUUCACGCUGGAGGAGAGUGCCGCCGUCCACGAGGAGUGUUUGUGUGACAAUGUGAGUGCGAGAUCGUCGAGGACCUCGUCGGGUCGGUCGGAGAAGGAGGCGGGUGGCAGGAACACGCCCGCCGCCUCCGACAGCGGACAGGAGGUGGCAAAGUACUUGGACGAGUACGAGGAGGGCAAGGCCGAGCUGGUGAAAAUCCCGAGGAUGCAGCUGAAGAUGCUACUACGGGAGAAACUAGCCCACGACGGGAUCCGCUUGAGCUGUCAACCCUAUUCGACUCCGGACGGCGAACGAGGGUAUCUCGAGGGUUUGGCAUCACGAUAUGCCGACUUGUUCAGCACACACUACGGGGAUGUUUUGGGUCAUCUGGAAGAUUUGCGUCGUAUCGAGUGGGCAGAAUCCUCACCCCGAGAACGAAGUGCCAUUACGCCGGGCACUCCACCUGCCAACUACAGUCCUGUCGGUGGAACACCCGUUUCAACAGGACAUGGUCUCACGUCAUCACAAUCGCAGCCUAUUUACGUACCCGGAAAAUAUUCGCCUUCGAGUUGUUUGAGUGAUAAAGAGGAAGACGAAAUAUACGGCUUUGGAUAUGGAGUAUUUGGAGCGCAAAUCGCGAGGCAGCAGCAGCAAAGGUUAAUGGGACCAGCGCCUACGAGUCAUCAACCACUAUUAUUACAACACCAGCACAACUAUCAAACAUGUCUGAGUCCACGGUCGGCCUAUUUCUACGAAUUUCCUCCCAAUGAUCAAAAUUAUACCAACACGAACAAAAAGAAAACAACCUUUUCGAGGUUUCUACGUGGUCUUAAAACGUCUCAUCGCAAAGAAAAACACGGAGCAAGUUCUCCGAGGCACGGAAGGGCAGCAACUCGGGGAGUCCCUCAGAGGGUCGACACCCCCGACAGCGUCUUGCAAAGCGGUCUGGGUCUAACCGACCUGGGGCAGCACGCCGUCCUGCGCUCCAUGGUGGACCCCCGCGACUACGACCGCCUGCGCCACCUCCAGAUGAACGGCGGCGCCCCCAAUACCUUCGAAGAGACAAUCUACAAGUUGAAACUACAAGAAGCUUUAAGGAAACGAGAGAAAUUUACGAAAGAACACGAAGAGAUCCUGAGAGACAUUAAGCAGGGUUUAUUGCAGCUGGGCAAGGAAGGGAUCCGGGGCCCUUUAUCAGGAGAUGACACUUAUAUGUACGACGAGGACGCGCGCAUGCUGGCCCCCGGCGCCCACGGCCACGACCGAGGCCACUGGUACGACGAGCCGCCGUACGAAAGCGACCCAGAGGACUUCCUAAUGGGCAGCAGUCCCGGGCCCACGGCCACCAUCCAGAACGGCCGCGUUUGCUUCACUCUAAACCUGAGGCAGGAGUCCCGUGGGGAAGGCGUAAUCUCGCUGAGAAGUGCCGGGGAUAUCUCCCUUCCUAGAGACACCCCCACCGCCACAACUCCCAGGGGAACUCCUAGACGCGGACUUAUUCUACCACAGGCCGGUUACCCGCCAACUAUUAUUCCGCUAAGGUCCUCCAGAGACAGAGAAAGUGGGGACUACGCCAGUUCCGACGUCCAAAGUAUUAGUUCAAGACUGUCAACCCUUUCCGUGGACACCAGCCGAUCCGAACAACAAGACAUAUCGCAGCUGGUUUCACCCCAAUACUACAGCCAUCUUGAAGGCAAAAUCAGACACUUCCGAAAAACAGGCGGUUAUCCUCGAAGCGAAGACGGUCUUUCUCCCAGCCAAAGUUCCGAUUAUGAAGACACCGACGAAUUCAGCAACUGCAGCCAACAGGUCGCUACAGUGCAUGUGUCGAGCGACGGAAGGUCAGCCGGUGCUUCUGGAAUCGUAGGUAAAGUAAGGGGUCUUAGAGAAGACGUUCAAAGAAAAAUCUCAAGACUUAAAGGGGAUUCCGGCGAGCAGAAGCGGAACGAUCAAGGAUUUCCUUGUUCUGCUAGUUCCGUGGAAAGUUUACCCAGCGGUUCUGGUUCAAGUACACAAGCUUUAGUAAGAGCAGGCAGUAAUCAUAGUUCGAUUUCGACUGAAGAUGCUGAUCCUAGUCCCACUGAGCAAAUCGUGGGAAGAGCGAGAGCUUUGGUGGACCACACGCCAAGUCCUUACGAUAAGGAAGCGUUAAAAUACAAGAAGGGUGAUAUAAUAGACAUAAUUUCAAUGAAUGCCAGUGGUCAAUGGCGCGGCAUCUGUCAAGGUAGGAAGGGAACAUUUAAAUUUAUCAACGUGGAGUUGCUAUCCGAAAGAACCGUGAAAGUUAGAAGGGAAAUGAAAUGGCACCGCAAUAUCAAGGGCAAGCCUAUCUCCGUAGAAGACUUACUCCAGAAAAUCAAUCUCCAAGAAUAUAUAUCAGUGUUUGUUUUGAAUGGUUACGAAGACUUAGAGCUCUUCAAAGAAAUCGAACCGUCUGACUUAGAUUAUCUAGGAAUUGUAAAUUCGGAUCAUAGGGCAAAAAUUUUGACGGCUGUGCAACUUCUUCACGAUUUAGAUUCUGGAAGUGAAGGAGAUAUAGCCGGAUCUAGCAGCGAGGGUGAUGACCAUAACAGGAUGUUGGCUUUGGAAACCGGAGGAUCUUGUUCUCCGUUUGGCAGACGACAGUUUCCGCGCGAUUCAGGUUGCUACGAUGCUUUGAAGAGCAGUCGCCAAACCCACCACGCUUCCCCCCAAGGGGAGUCCGACGCAAGUGAUAAUGCAGGAUUUUGUGAUAAUACGAAUAAUUUAGAUGCUGUAGUGGAACAAUGCAAUAAUGAAAUAUUAGCGCGAGUACGGCAGGCUCAAAAGAACUCUUUGAAUCUUAAGGAGGAAUUAUGUUACCAACCAAACAUUCCAAAUUCAUCGAGUUCGGAAAAGUUGCAAAAGAAGCCGAAAGACUCAUAUGUAAGUGUUCACGGACAAACCACCCUAAUAGAUCCUUGUCGUAGAAAUCUCCUUAAUCGUGCUAGUGGACGGAAAAAUAACGAAGAUGUGUGCGAAGCGGAUCAUAAGUUGACUUCAGUCAAAUAUGUUGUAGGUGGAGGCUCCGAAUUAGGCCUCAAUGAAAACAGUUCUGUACUUGGGAGAAGUUGCUUAAGUGAAAAAUCUAGUGAUUCUGGUAUUAGCAGUAGUUCCUUGUCUUCUGCAAAUCUUAAAGAAUCUCGCCAACCCGUCCUUUCCCAAAACGUUACAGAAAACCCUGCUCACGGCAUCUUCAAUUUAUCUAAUUGUGCCAAUCGUACUACGUCCACAACUGCCAAUAAUAAAGAAAAAUCUUCGAAGUAAAAUAUUUACAUGUUUAUAGACUCUUUUAUAAUUAUUUAUUUUAUCAUUUAGUCAUUUUUAUCGCAGAUGUUUAAGAUGGACUGUUUAUAUAAAGCAAUUUUUUUAAAAGUAUGAAUGUUGAAAUAAACUAAUCGUGAUAGCAACUGAGAUUUCUAAAUUAAAUCUGUCUCUGUUGUAGGACUGUACAUAGUUAACGAAACGACUGUACAUUAUGUACAUAAUAUUUAUUUAUUAAAGCAACUAGUCUCUUUUUGU